GUUUAUUGCUUCAUGCCAUCCAGCGCAGCGCCGGAGGGCAUCUCACCUGUUCGGCGGUGGAUACCGCAAUUCAGCGGUGAGAGCUCCUCUACAAGCAGCUCUGCGAGAGGCAGCGAUCAUGACUUGUUGGGUUAUGAGGAGACCUAUGAAACGGCGCCUUAUACAGAUCAUGACGUCUCGGCAACGACUACCCGCAGGAGGGCAAGAGGUGACGAGUUAUCCCGAGAGGCCUCAGUGGAGGGGGAAAUGAAGCCUGUCAGACUGUCGGCCCUGACCGUAGCGGCAUGCGGAUCCACAGCUGGAGCCACGGCCAAGUUUGUAGUGGCUCCUCUGGAGCGUGUGAAGAUUCUAUACCAAACCAACCCGAAUUUGAGGUUCUCAUGGACAAGCGCGUACCACACUAUGCAGAGCAUUGUAUCCACGAACGGCAUCAGAGGUUUAUGGAAAGGGUACCUCAUGGUUUUGACGAGGAUCGUGCCGUAUUCUGCCACCAACUACACGGUCUUCGAUAGAGUCAAUACAUAUCUACAGAAUUCAGCGUUGAGGCAGCAUUGUCCUGCUGAGCUCAUACGUUUCCUAUCUGGCAACUGUGCGGGUGCCUCAGCGGUCAUCGUUACUUAUCCCUUGGAUAUGCUUCGGUCGCGGCUCGCUUCGGAUACGCGAGGAGAAUUCAGUUCUUACAAGGAUGCUGUUCGGAAAAUAUACGCAAGUCGUGGCAUUCGCGGCAUAUACGGUGGCAUGUAUCCAACGCUAUGUGGAAUCGUCCCGUAUGCGGGUAUGUCCUUCAUGUGUUUUGAAACUUUAAAGGCUAAACGAAAGGAGAUGAGCGGCAGCUGGACUGCAUUCGACCGUUUGAUUUGUGGUGGCUUCUCGGGAUUGGUCGCUCAAAGUGCAACCUAUCCGUUUGAUAUUAUUCGGAGACGCCAGCAGGUACAUGGAGGCAGAGCCUUCCCUGGUAAAGGUGUCAUACGUUCCCUUGUUGAGGUGGCACGCACUGAGGGCUUCCGUAAAGGGCUCUAUAAGGGCCUCAGUGUGAACUGGGUCAAAGGCCCUAUAGCGGUUGCCGUGAGCCUUAGUGUUAAUGAUGCUGUGAAGGAGGCGCUCAUCUCGAGGGCCGCGUGACUGCUUAUCGGGGUCGGGCGUUUAUCACUUCAGAGAGUGUCGAAUUAGAGUGUGUUGCUCAAGUGACAAUCACCAAUGCUUUCGAAUCGAAUACCAAUUUACGAUUCUCUCUUCCUCCCCCCCCGUUUACUGUUCGCUUUCUAUUGACACUAUGCAACGAUUGCCUUCACGUAUCACCG